AAAGGGUUGUUUACCCAAAAAAAAAAAAAAAAGGCUAAUAAAGUUUUUGAAUGGUUCCUGGAGAAGGAGAGGUAUCUUUAAAAAUUAUUUCAUCUAGGACUAUUCAGGAUGUAUGACAUACGCGUCAUGUUGGUGAUUUGAAAUCAAAAUCAAAUCUGUUGAUUCAUGGGAAACUGUUGGGUCGAGUGGCAGAACAGUUUCACUGUAAACUGUGAAGUAAUAGAAAGGGUAACUUCUCUUCUAUCAAUAUGACAAAGAAAUGAAAGUUAUAAUUUAAGUUCUCUUGAUUACAUCAGGUUCAGGGAUUAUGUCUAUAUUAUUUGUAAGUUACACCGUUCAAACUUGUAUUGCUGUACUGACCUAUAUGCAGGAUUUGAUAUUUGAGAUACAACUUACAGAACUUUCCUUCUGCAGUGGAGGCGUGAUGUUGCUUUUGCAGGAUUUGAGGUUCCAAUACAAAUGGAUGUCUCGGCAGAGAAAAUGAUUUUUGGAGUUGCAGGUACUGAUCCUCGAAGAAGAGACGAACUAAUCAAGGUAUUAGGUGUUGAUAUGUCAUGGAGGAUGCACAAGGUAUCUGAUGGUCAGAGAAGGCGAGUCCAAAUUUGUAUGGGUCUCCUCAAGCCAUUCAAGGUUCUUCUUCUUGAUGAGAUAACAGUUGACCUCGAUGUGCUAGCAAGGGCUGACCUUCUGAAUUUCCUUAGAAAGGAAUGUGAAGAGCGUGGUGCCACAAUUAUCUAUGCAACUCAUAUAUUUGAUGGUCUAGAGGAGUGGCCAUCACAUGUUGUCUACGUGGCUCAUGGAAAGUUACAGCUAGCAAUGCCAAUGGAUAAGCUUAAGGAAAUCAGCAAUUUAUCACUAAUGAGAACAGUUGAAAGCUGGCUGAGGAAGGAAAGAGAUGAGGAGAGGAAGAGAAGGAAAGAGAGGAAGGCAAGUGGUCUUCCAGAAUUUGAAAAACAGGUUGAGGGAAGCCAUGUAACAGGGGACCCAGCCCGUGCUGCUGUCCGUGCUUUAAACAAUGGCUGGGCUGCAGGAAGGCUGCACUCGACCAUUGCUGGUGAAGAGAACUUUGUCUUCAGCUCAAACAGAGUUUUGAGACAGUAGAUAAAUUCAACACAAACAAGUUCUUUCAGUUUCAUAACAAUAAGCUUGGAAAUUCGUUGCAUUUUGCUUUCCGUGAUUUAUAGUAUCACUUUCACCAGAGAAACACAAAGGGGUCAUCACUUUAUGAUGCUUUAGGAGUUAACCCCUGCUAAGUACCUCCUAGAGAGUUCAUUCUCGUGUAAUGUUGUCUCUUGUAUUAUUUUGAGUUUUUCGGUGGCUUAUCUUUUCAAUGUGAGCAUAUACAGUCACGUAAAUUGAGUGAAUAUUAUCCUGAUUCAGUCUAUGAAAUUUU